GAACUGUCUUUUAGAAAAUGGAAUUAUUUUAUAAAGGUCAAACCAUCCAAACAAUGUCUUUCUGCUCAUUUUCGGGCAUCAAAUAUACACACAUACUACAGAAUUGUGCUGUAGUGCUUUUAAUACUUCAUCUAUUGUUGCAAUGGCUGUUUCAUCUCAUGUCUAUCAGCCUAUUUGUUGUCAUUAUUUACUUAAUUUUGUGCUUUACUUCAUAUAAUUACUUUAUAGAACUGAACUGAGAGAAAGAAAUGGAUGAAUCAAAGAGAGAUGGAUGGAAAAAAGGGAAAUAUUUGGGAAUAGAAGGAGGGAUGAAGGGAGAAAGAAAGAUGUGGGAGAAGGGAAGAAGCGCGUGGGAUGAGAAAGCCAGCAAGACGACACAUACACACAAGCACACACACAUACACACACACACACACACACGCAAGCACACACAUACAGAGGUGACUGUGACGUCAAACCGGAGCCCAGCUGACUCGCUCGCUCCGCCGUGCCUCUCGCUGACCAUCCUCGCGCUCUCUGCAAAUCUGCUCCACGCGGCUGCUGCUGCUGCUGCUGCUGCACGCCCUUUUAAACACCGAGGAGGAGCAGAAGGAGACGAAGAAGAAUACAAGAGGGGGGGAGAAAACCGGGAGGACUAAAAACGCGCAGAGACGCAGAAGGAGGUGGAGGAGGAAGGAAGGAGGCUCCGCUCUCAUCCUCUCCUCGCGCGCAGCACCGGGACAUAUAGGACGUUAUUUUUUUUUUAAAAAUUUUUUGUAGACACUUUCCGGCUGCUUUCUCCUCAAACUGACAACCGAGUAGGACUGUGACGGUUGCUGAGUGCUGACAUCGCUCCCCCGCCGCCGUUUCCCUCCUGCCAGGUGUUGCGUCCAAGCGCGAGCCCCCCUCGUGUCGAUGGAGAGGCACGAGAAAGGAGGGUUGAUCCGCGUUUAAGGAGCUCGCGCACUCGACAUUGAUCCUGUCUGCGGAGCCUCGCGACCGUCAACAAGUUCACUAUUUUCAAUUUUCUCUGUCUCGAGAGAAGAAGUGGAUUCUAUUAACGGAUGAUUGUUUUUUUUUUUUUUUAAUUUCUUGGCCUUUUCUGUCGGCUGGUGACCUGAAGGGAUUUGUCUUUUGUGGCAUCUUCUAUCAAUCUUACAAAAAAUAAAAUAAAAUAAAGGGGAUUAAUGUGCAAAUUCGGGAUUUUCUGCUCUGCAACGGCACGCGCAAAUCGGAAGAGAAUGGCAAACUAAACGGAUCCAGCGGUGCCAACGACGCACGAGACAAAUAUUGGGUUUAAUCUGACAGAUCACAUUUUCUACCGUCUCCAACAGCUGCUGCCCGACACCGCUUGAACCCGGGACCUCCGCCUUGUUUUUCCGCGGACCCCCGGCUCUCCGUGACGCCGCGGCACCCUGAUGGUGCGGACGGUCGGCGCACGGUGGCUCGAGCUGCUGCCUGGACACACCGCCCGGUGAUUUUCAACCUUUCAGCGCGGAGACACGGUGCAUGGUGGUGGUGGUGAUGGUGGUGAUGAUGAUGAUGAUGGUACGCGGGUAAUCCGGGAGAUGCUUUUCCACUCGAGUCGGAUUUACGUGCUGUUUCUUCAGUGGGAUCGUUCGCGUGACAAUGACCUCCAACCGCGCUUUACCCCGUGCCGUGCUCGCCGCAACCCGAGAGAGAAGCACGCGCCCCCGGUUCGAUGCGCACGAGAGGACGUCGUCUCCCCAAAAUCGUUGAGCUAACUCACCACCGGGAACGGGAGGGAUUACCAUUAACCGACACAACCGAUAGGAGCAGAAACAAUAACAGCAGCAGCACGCGGCAGCAGCGGUGAUGGAGCUGUCCGAGGUCCGCUGCUCCAGCGCGAGCGAGGAGCUGUACACCAUCAACAAGACCCCGAGCAGCAGCAACAACAGCAACAGCAGCGGCAGCGCGCGACCCAAACGGCUGCUGUGGCAGAACGCGGUGCGGCACAUCACCGAGCAGCGGUUCAUCCACGAGCAGGGCGGGGGAGGCGGAGGAGGGGUGAAGGGCAUCGGGCCGGACGAGCCCUACGACCCGAGCCAGGGCGCGCGGAAGCAGUCUGCGGGGCGGACGUCGGUGGGAGACCGGCACAACAACGGCGGGACUAAAGUGUUCCCGGAGCGCGCCAGCAGCGACCUGGGCUUCCUGCAGAUCGACUGCGCGCCGAGCAACUCCGACUUCUUCCUGAACUGGGGCUACACGUACCGGGGCGUCAUCUUCCCCACGCUGCGGAACGCCUUCAAGUCCCGCGACCUGGAGCGGCUGUACCAGCGCUACUUUCUGGGCCAGAGGCGCAAGUCGGUGGUGGUGAUGAACAUCCUGGACGUGGUGACCAAGCUCACCCUGCUGGUGCUGCACCUCACCCUGGCUUCCUCACCCAUGGACCCGAUCAAAGGGACGCUCCUGGGCUUCUUCACGGGCAUCGAAGUCGUCAUUUGUGCCUUAGUGGUGGUGCGGAAGGACACCACGUCGCACAGUUACCUGCAGUACAGCGGCGUGGUCACCUGGGUGGCCAUGGCCACGCAGAUCCUGGCGGCCGGGCUGGGCUACGGGCUGCUGGGUGACGGGGUGGGAUACGUGCUCUUCACGCUGUUCGCCACCUACAGCAUGCUGCCGCUGCCGCUCACCUGGGCCAUCCUGGCCGGCCUGUUCACCUCGGGGCUCCACAUCCUGGUGCAGCUGCUCAUCUCCCAGAAUGCACAGCUGUCCACCAACCAGGUAGCGGCUCAGGCUGUGUUGUUCAUGUGUAUGAACACCGCUGGGAUAUUCAUCAGUUACCUGUCUGACCGAGCUCAGCGUCAGGCCUUCCUGGAGACGCGGCGCUGCAUCGAGGCUCGGCUGCGGCUCGAGACAGAAAACCAGAGACAGGAGAGACUGGUAUUAUCAGUCCUACCACGUUUUGUAGUUUUGGAAAUGAUCAACGACAUGACAAAUGUAGAGGACGAACACCUCCAGCAUCAGUUUCACAGAAUCUACAUCCACCGCUACGAGAAUGUCAGCAUUCUUUUCGCAGAUGUUAAAGGCUUCACAAACCUCUCCACGACGCUGUCGGCACAGGAGCUGGUGCGAAUGUUGAAUGAACUCUUUGCACGCUUCGACCGUCUUGCACAUGAGCACCAUUGUCUACGAAUAAAGAUCCUGGGAGACUGUUACUACUGCGUGUCUGGUCUACCUGAGCCCAGACAGGACCACGCUCACUGCUGUGUGGAGAUGGGCCUCAGCAUGAUCAAAACCAUCAGAUACGUGAGAUCACGUACGAAACACGACAUCGACAUGCGUAUCGGGAUCCACUCAGGCUCGGUGCUGUGUGGCGUGUUGGGACUCAGGAAGUGGCAGUUCGACGUCUGGUCCUGGGACGUGGACAUCGCAAACAAGCUGGAGUCCGGCGGGAUCCCGGGGCGGAUCCACAUCUCCAAAGCCGCGUUGGACUGUUUGAACGGCGACUACGAGGUGGAGGAGGGCCACGGGAAGGACCGCAACGACUUCCUCCGCCGCCACAACAUCGAGACGUACCUGAUCAAGCAGCCGGAGGAGAGUCUGCUCACCUUGCCGGAGGACAUCAUGAAGGAGGCGGCCAGCUCGGCGGACCGCCGGGCCAGCAGCACCACCUUCAACGAGGCAUCCUGGAGCCCCGAGCUUCCCUUUGACAACAUCGUGGGGAAGCAGAACACUCUGGCUGCCCUAACGAGAAAUUCGAUAAAUCUGCUUCCAAACCAUCUCGCACAAGCUUUGCAUGUCCACUCUGGUCCUGAGGAAAUUAACAAGCGAAUAGAGAGCGCCAUCGACUUACGGAGUGGCGAUAAGUUGAGAAGAGAGCAUAUCAAGCCUUUCUCACUGAUGUUUAAAGACUCCAGCCUGGAAGAGAAGUACUCCCAGAUGAGGGACGAGGUGUUCAAGUCCAACCUGGUGUGCGCCUUCAUUGUGCUAAUCUUCAUCACCACUAUCCAAAGCCUGCUUCCCUCCGCCAGGAUGGUAACCAUGGUGAUCCAGUUCUCUGUCCUCAUCGUCCUCCAUUCCUGCCUAGUCCUCGUUACAACGGCGGAGGACUAUAAGUGUCUGCCUCUGGUCCUGAGGAAAGCCUGCUGCUGGAUUAACGAGACCUACGCGGCCCGAAACGUCAUCAUCUUCGUCUCAAUUCUCAUCAACUUCCUGGCUGCCAUGAUCAAUAUACUGUGGUGUGACUUCGACAAGUCCAGCACCUUCAGGAACCAGACGUACAACGAGUCGGCCCCCAUCCCAGACAUCUGCUUCUACCCAGAGUAUUUCGUGUUUACGGGGGUGUUGGCGAUGGUGACGUGCGCCGUGUUUCUACGGUUGAACUCGGUGUUGAAGCUGGCCGUGCUGCUGGUGAUGAUCGCCAUCUACUCGCUGCUUACCGAAGCUUUCUACACCUCGCUGUUUGUCCGCUACGACACCGUCCACCACAACACAGAAAACUUCCUGGGAACCAAAGAGACGUCUUUGCUCCUAAUGGCCAUGUUCCUCCUCGCUGUGUUCUACCACGGCCAGCAGUUGGAGUACACGGCCCGGCUGGACUUCCUGUGGCGCGUUCAGGCCAAAGAGGAGAUCAACGAGAUGAAGGAGCUGCGAGAACACAACGAGAACAUGCUGCGGAACAUCCUGCCCAGCCACGUGGCCCGACACUUCCUGGAGAAGGACCGGGACAACGAGGAGCUGUACUCGCAGUCCUACGAUGCCGUGGGUGUGAUGUUCGCCUCCAUCCCGGGCUUCGCCGACUUCUACUCCCAGACUGAGAUGAACAACCAGGGAGUCGAGUGCCUGAGGCUCCUCAACGAAAUUAUCGCUGACUUUGACGAGCUGCUGGGUGAAGAUCGUUUCCAGGACAUUGAGAAGAUCAAGACGAUCGGCAGCACCUACAUGGCCGUCUCCGGUCUGUCGCCAGAGAAACAGCAAUGUGAAGAUAAAUGGGGUCACCUGUGUGCGUUGGCCGACUUCGCCAUCGCCCUCAACGAGAGCAUCCAGGAGAUCAACAAGCACUCGUUCAACAACUUCGAGCUGAGGAUCGGUAUGGCCCACGGCUCGGUGGUGGCGGGCGUGAUCGGUGCCAAGAAGCCGCAGUACGACAUCUGGGGGAAGACGGUGAACCUGGCCAGCCGGAUGGACAGCACGGGCGUGAGCGGCAAGAUCCAGGUGCCCGAGGAGACCUACCUUAUUCUGAAGGAGCGCGGCUUCGCCUUCGAGUACCGCGGCGAGAUCUACGUGAAAGGCAUCAGCGAGCAGGAGGGCAAGAUCCGAACGCACUUCUUGCUGGGCCGCGUGCAGCCCAACCCGCUCAUCAUGCAGCCGCGCAAAAUCACCGGCCAGUACUCGCUGGCGGCCGUGGUGCUUGGCCUGGUGCAGUCGCUCAACCGGCAGAAGCAAAAGCAGAUCCUCAACGAGAACAACAACUCGGGCAUCAUGAAGGGCCACCACCACUACAACAGGAGGACGUUGUUAGCGCCUGGUGGCUCCGAGGUGGGAGGUGGGCAUCACGCCGAAGUAGCUGAUAAGACUGAGCUGUCCUGAAGAGCGGACUGGAGUUUUAGUUCCACACAGAUUUCUCAGAGGCAGAGUCGCUCUUCAGGCAAAAAUACUUCCAGUGGUUGAGUUAAAGCUCAGCGGGAGCUGCUAAAGAACAACAGCGUUCUGGUACAAAUAACAAAGGUGCCAGAGAGAGAGCAGAAAGCUAGAAAGUGAAUGAAGAGAGCGAGCGGUGAUAGCAAGAAAGCAAAUGUUAUUUUCUGAUUGUUUCACAGCGGUUACAAAUAAACAUGCUCACAACCCCACAUACCUGCGCCCAACCCUGAGGAGGUGUUCCACAAGGCCUGCUUUGGUCUGAAUACGGCCUAACUGUGUCUGUUUGCUGUUUGGGGCUGAGCAGGUAGUGUACAGUGGCUUUUUAAAGCUUUUUCUCUGAAAACGACGCCAUGAGAGCGUUGAGAGUGAGCCAGAACUGUAAAAUUGCAGCCGGACAGAUAGACAAUGAGCUAAAACUCGCUAUAAAGCUCCGUAAAGCUGCAGAAUCGCUGAUAAUUCUC